CGCGCGCGUGUGUGUGUGUGCGCGCGCGCGCGAGUGUGAAACUUCCGCAAACUCUCUUCGGAGUCCGUCAGUCAUCAUGUCCAACAAUAACGCGAGCAGCAGCAGUGUGGCUGUGGCGCAGAGAGCCGUCAAACAGCUCAGACUAGAGGCCAAAAUACGACGAAUUAACGUUUCUCAAGCUGCCACAGACCUGAAGAACUUCUGCCUGCAGAACGCCCAUAAAGACCCGCUGCUGGUGGGUGUGCCGUCCAGCGACAACCCCUUCCGCCCGCCCAAGUCCUGCGGUCUCCUCUGAACAUCUGCUGUCCGAUCACAUACAGAGCUGGUGAAGCGUUUCAGAUGAUGUGGCUGUCUUCUGCUGUGUGUUUCUACCUUUACACUACUCCAUAAAGACCUCCUGGAGCACUACACACACACAAACACUACUUAGCGUAGCAAAAAAAGAAAUAUUUCUUCUGUUCAUUAUCUUCAUAUCUGCAGUUGCUGUCUAUUUCUAUGAACUGUAUUAUGAGUGAUGUUGACUCUGCUGAAUUAACACUGUAUGGUACAAUCAGCUGUAAAACCUAAACUCGUCCCAUGUUUUGAAAGCAAUUUUAUGUACCAAACACUAUUUUAUUUGUAAUGCGUAUUUUAUAAAACAAAAAGACUUCCUUGAAGAUUGUAUGAAGUUUUCCCUGGUUUAUGUGGAAGGAACGAAAGAAUUAAACGAUUAGAGAGUUUUUCCUAUCAGAAAUGACAUGCCCUUGUUUUAUUAUAGUCUUUUACUAAUUUAUGGCCAGCAGGAUUUGGUUUGAAGGUGGUUUGUAAACAUGCUUUGUGUCUUCAACAAUACACACGUGGGACGUCUUCCUUUAUCUGAGGCUUACUUGAGGACUAAAGAUCUGAUGAGUGUUGAGGAAACCCUGAGCAACCCUUCUUUUCUUGUUUCACUGACUUUAUACUAAACUUUUAAAAUAAAGUGUUCAUUCGUCAUUAA